GCAGCCGCCGCCGGUCGGGGUGUGCGGGGGCUGCCCCGGGGACCCGCCGGGCUGGGUCAACGCCCCCCGCAGUUACCGCUCAGCAGCUCGGGGCAUUCGGUGGGCAGAACAGCAUCCCCCCUUCCUGGACCGCCCCCGCCUGCCGUGGGGAAGGGAGGGGGUUGUGGUCCCGGAGAGCGCCCGCGGGGAGUAGCCCCGCUGUCGCUGCCCGGGCUCCGAGCGCGGCGUCUCCUCUCUCGACAGGGCUCUGAGCAGCGCCGUCUGUGAGAAACAACCGUGGUCUGUGCUUGCGGAUUGUAAAAGUCCGUGUGGCUGCUGGGUCACCAGCCUGGGGCUCAUCUCAAAGUGUAGCUUAAAAACAACUUUGCAAAUAGUGGAAGAAAAUGUCGCAAGAAGGCUCUAAGGAAACCAAGAAAGUAAACAUUUCUAGCUCCUUGGAAUCUGAAGAUAUUAGCUUAGAAACCACAAUGCCAACUGAUGAUGUUUCUUCCUCUGAAGAGAAAGAAGGUACUGUAAAAAUCACUAAGCAGCUGAUUGAACGGAAGGAGUUGCUCCAUAACCUUCAACUGCUUAAAAUAGAAUUAUCUCAAAGAAACUUGAUGAUUGACAACUUGAAAGUGGAAUAUUUGACCAAGAUCGAGGAGCUAGAAGAGAAGCUUAAUGAUGCAAUCCAUCAAAAGCAGCUGUUGUCUUUACGACUGGAUAGUCAGUUGGCAUUACAGCAAGAAGAUGCUAGAAAACAUCAAGCUCUAAUGAAACAAGAAAUGGAAACUGUUUUAUUGAGACAGAAGCAGCUGGAGGAAACAAAUCAUCAGUUGAGGGAGAGGGCUGGAAAUAUCCGUCAUAGCUUGAGAGAUUUGGAAUUAACAGAUGAUUGCUAUGAGAAGCUAAAGUCUCUUCCUGAAGAUCAGCUUUCUAUCUCUGAAUAUGUUUCUGUCCGAUUUUAUGAAGUAGUCCAUUCCUUAAGAAAAGAGCUAAGUGAUCUACAGAUGAAAAAGGGGAGUCUAACAGAAGAACUAAGUGGGUACAAAUCCCAGCUGAAGUCUCUGACAGAGAGCUAUGAAGAUGAGAGGAAGAGUCGGUCAGAGCUUGAGGUUAGAUGCCAGCGUUUAACACUGGAACUGGCUGAUACCAAGCAGAUGAUUCAGCAAGGUGAUUACAGACAAGAGAACUAUGAUAAAGUAAAAUCUGAACGUGAUGUAUUUGAGCACGAAUUAUCAGAACUCAGAAGAAAAUAUGAAAUAUUAGAGGUGUCAUACAAAGCACAAGCUAAAGAAAGAAAUGACUUAGCAAAAGAGCUGGCAACCAUACAACAAUCCCUCAACUUGUUGCAAAAAGAUAAAGAUUAUCUUAAUCGCCAGAACAUGGAGCUUAGUGUUCGCUGUGCACAUGAAGAAGAUCGUCUUGAAAGACUUCAGAUUCAGCUAGAGGAUGCCAAAAAAGCUAGGGAAGAAAUGUAUGAAAAAUAUGUUACAUCCAGAGAUCACUAUAAAACAGAAUAUGAAAAGAGACUGCAUGAAGAGUUGGAGCAAAUAAGGUUGAAAACAAACCAAGAAAUUGAGCAACUAAGAAGCACUUCAAAAGAGAUGUAUGAACGUGAAAACAGAAAUUUGAGAGAAGCAAGAGAUAAUGCUGUUGCUGAAAAAGAAAGAGCAGUUAUUGCUGAGAAGGAUGCUUUAAGAAAGUACAAUCAACUCUUGGAACAGUACAGACAAAUGCAGCUUGGCACAGAAAGCAAAGUAGCUGAACUUCUUCACCAAAGUAAGUUAAAGUCCUUUGAAACUGAACAUGUUCAACUCCUGCAACAAGAAACAGCUAAGAAUCUUUCACAGUGCCAAAUGGAAUGUGAGAAAUAUCAGAGAAAGCUGGAGGUGCUUACGAAGGAAUUUUAUAGUCUUCAGGCUUCUAGUGAAACACGCAUUAUUGAGCUUCAAACACAGAAUUCGGAGUUUCAAGCAAGACUAGAUACUUACGAAAAACUUGAAAAAGAGCUCGAUGAGAUAAUAUUGCAAACAGCAGAAAUGGAAGAUGAAUUUGAGGCUGAAAGGGUUCUCUUCUCAUAUGGAUAUGGUGCUAAUGUUCCUACAACAGCCAAAAGACGACUAAAGCAAAGGCCUAAGUUGGGAAAAGUUCAACUUGAGCUUGAUUUUUAUUGGUACAGUGUUCACUUGGCAAGAAGAUUACUGCAACUAGAAAAGCAAAACUCAUUGCUUGUAAAAGAUCUGGAACAUCAGAAGGAACAAGUAACACAGAUUUCACAAGAGCUUGACAGAGCAAACUCUUUGUUGAACCAAGCACAACAGCCGUACAAAUAUCUCAUUGAAACUGUGCAACAGAGAGAUUCUCAAAUAAGUCUACAGAAAGAACAUAUUACACAACUUGAAAAAGAUGUCAGUCUUUUAAAUAAAGAAAAGACAGCUUUGCUGCGUGUCAAGAAUCAAAUGGCAGGAGAUUUGGAGAGACUUCUAAAUGACCGUGAGGAACUAGCCGCAAUGAAGCAGAUUCUAAUGAGUCUACAUGGUAAACGCUAUGAACAAAAUCUACCUCAGUCUCAUACUGAUGUAAGAAGUGCAACUGGAAAAAACAAAUCAAACCCUUCAGUAAAACUGCUGCCAGAACAUGAAGAAGAAAAUAUAUUUACACCUAAGCCAACAUUAUUUGUAAGUACUAUGACAAACAAAGAGGCACCUGUAUGGUACAAGAAACUGCAGAAGAAAACAUAACCCUAGCAUUUUCCGGAAGUAUUCAAAAUAAUUCUUUGGGGAGCUUUUCUUCAAAGGAAGUUAUUUUCACCAUAAUGAUGCCCUUUUUACCAUAAAAGCAAACAACUCUUUUGGUUUUAGCAACUGUUUUGGUUCUUUUAUAACUGUCAAAUAAUCUUAUGCUUCAUAAAAUAAUUUUUAGAUCUGUCAUGUGAUUAAAAUGUGUGUAUAAAAUGUGUGGAAAUAAGGUGUGCAGUGAUUUUACUAACAUAUAUUUGAAUUUUAAAAGAUAAAUAAACAUUAGCCUGUUGUACACAUUUA